AAAGACUCCAGAAAAGAACUCUGAUAUGGCAGAAAACAGUCAGAAGGAAAAGAACACUGAAAAAAAUACCGAUCAAACAGAAAUUAAUGUCCGAAAUAAGAGCACCCAAAAGAAACCAGAUGAAACUGCAAGAGGUGAGCGACAACAAUCAGACGCUCCGAAGAAUUUGGACCAAGAGAGUAAAUCUGAAGGUGAUACAGUGCUCGAUAAAACUGACAAAGGACAGGUAGAGGAUAACAUGGAUCAAAGUCAGGACAAGGUUACCGGACAAGCUUCUGAUGAAAAAAGAACCGAGGGCCAGGCAAAGGCACAGGAUUCUAAGGAGCUAUUUCCCUCUGGAGCUCAAUCUGAGCUGCUUACUGAGACCAAUCCCCAGAAUGGAGCUUGGUCUACGCAAGCUUCUGAGUCAAAAAAUGAGAAGGAGAAACAAGCAUCUUCUUCAUCAAAGGGACAAGGUGUUAAUUUCAGCUGGAAACUCUGUAAUGUCACUGCUGGAUCAGAUUACAUACCUUGCCUUGACAAUGAGAAAGCUAUCAAAAAGCUCCAUAGCACUAAGCAUUAUGAACACAGAGAGAGACAUUGCCCCGAGGAAGCUCCAAUUUGUCUCGUUCCUCUGCCGGAUGGAUACAAAAAGUCAAUCGAGUGGCCUAAUAGUAGAGACAAGAUAUGGUAUCACAAUGUCCCUCACACGAAGUUGGCUGUUGUAAAGGGACACCAAAAUUGGGUUAAAGUUUCUGGGGAAUAUCUGACUUUUCCAGGUGGCGGAACUCAGUUCAAGAAUGGUGCAUUGCACUAUAUUGAUGUCAUUCAGGAGGCUUUGCCUGAUAUAGCAUGGGGAAAACGAAGUCGUGUUGUAUUAGAUGUUGGCUGUGGAGUCGCGAGCUUCGGAGGUUACCUCUUUGACAGAGAUGUGCUUACCAUGUCAUUUGCUCCGAAAGAUGAGCAUGAAGCCCAGGUGCAAUUUGCUCUUGAACGGGGAAUUCCCGCGAUAUCAGCUGUCAUGGGCACAAAAAGACUUCCUUACCCUGGCAGAGUGUUUGAUGUUGUCCACUGUGCCCGCUGUAGGGUACCAUGGCAUAUAGAAGGUGGUAAGCUUUUGUUGGAAUUGAACCGCCUACUUCGACCUGGUGGGUACUUUGUCUGGUCUGCUACUCCAGUUUACCAAAAUCUCGAAGAAGAUGUGGAAAUCUGGAAAGCCAUGAGCAGCCUAAUGAAGUCCAUGUGCUGGGAUAUGGUGAUCAAGACAAAGGAUGAUGUAGACCAAGUUGGUCUAGCAAUAUUUAGAAAGCCUUCUAACAAUUCAUGCUAUGAGAACAGACAAGAAAGCAGCCCUCCAUUCUGUAAAGAAUCCGAUGAUCCUAAUGCAGCAUGGAAUGUUCCUUUACAGACCUGCAUGCACAAAAUUCCAGUAGGUGCUGCUGCUCGGGGGUCCAAGUGGCCAGAAAAGUGGCCACUGAGGUUGGAGACAGCACCUUACUGGCUGGAUAGCUCUCAGACAGGAGUAUAUGGUAAACCUGCUCCUGAGGAUUUCAAAGAAGACCAAGAUCAUUGGAAUAAUGUUGUUGGCAAUUCAUAUUUGAAUGGCAUGGGAAUUGAUUGGUCUAAAGUGCGAAAUGUUAUGGAUAUGAGAGCUGUAUAUGGAGGGUUUGCUUCAGCUUUGCGGGACAUGAAGUUGUGGGUAAUGAAUAUAAUCACAAUCGAUUCCCCAGACACACUUCCUAUUAUAUAUGAGCGUGGACUCUUUGGGAUGUAUCAUGAUUGGUGUGAAUCUUUCAGCACCUACCCGAGAUCAUAUGAUCUCCUACAUGCAGACCAUCUAUUUUCCAGGAUCCAAAAGAAAUGCAAGGUAUUGCCAUUAAUGGCAGAAGUAGACCGGAUGCUGAGACCAGAAGGGAAGCUUAUUGUAAGGGACAGUGCAGAAGUGAUCAAUGAGGUCGAGAGAAUUGCAAAAUCUUUGAACUGGGAGAUCAAAAUGAGCUUUUCUAAGAAAGAUGAAGGGAUACUUUGUGUCAUGAAGACGACGUGGCGGCCUAAGGAGCUAGAUGCAAGGAGCUAGAGGCCAGUAUAUUUCGACCAUGUCUUUUAAAUAUUUUUGAUGAAAUUCUUGCCUUUUUGUUCUUGCUUACUGUGUUGUGUUGCUUCUGAGAAGGGAGAGAUGUAUUGUAUAUUACAUUAUAAAUUUGUUGUAGAAUUUAUACAAAUUUUGGUGAAAGACUUGGCAAAGUUUGAAUAGAA